CCCCCCCCAACCAACCAACUGCCUGCAGCUCUUAUCAAAAAGAAACCCCUGUAACUUUCUUCACCCCCCCACGCACGACUAUAUACGCGCUUAUCCCGUUUCGCUGCACUUUCCCACGCUCAACGACCCACCGCACGCAUAUCCACAGCCCCAUACCUUCCGCACAAUGGCCACCCCAGCGCCGCCAACUGGACCCGACCGAGGCGUAGUCUCCACCAACGUCGCUUCCACCUCCACCACCACCUCCUCCUCGCAAUCAAUGACCUCCACAGCCCUCGACAACGUCAGCUCCACUUUCACCAACUUGAUCUCCAGAGGUCGGAAAGCCACCAUGCCUUCCGUCGACUGGAGGGAGAUACCUCAACCGGUGCCCCUAGUCAAAGUCGUAUCGCAACCGAGUGCGCCUGGAUCGAAUUCUAUCAAAUAUGUCGCGACUGGGAUCACCCCGCAGGCUGAGCAGAUUCUAUCGCAGCUGCCUGUUCCGCUUCAUAUCGUCGCUUUUACUGGGUUUGGAAGAUCAGGGAAGUCGUUUACGGCAUCGAAAGUGCGACAACACAUGACUGGAAACGAAGAUCACAAAUUCACGAGUGCUCCUGGGAACGUUCCGUGCACACACGGCAUCGACAUGAUUGUUUUCGAGAAUCCACGAGGACCCGGUACUAUCGUCUUUCUGGAUUGCGAAGGAGGAGCGAAUCACAAUCAAUCAGCGUUACCAUUCGUUAUUGGGUUGGCUGCUCGGUUGUCGACCAGGAUGUACGCAUUUGAGCGGGGAUGCUUCACGACGGGAGGGUUGGACACGGUCAUGCAGGUUAUCAAUAUGGGGCAUGCAACCAGCGCGGAUGAGGUGGACAUAACCCGGCAGCUGGUGCUCGUGGAGAACAUGUCGAUAAAUGGAGAUAUCCCAGACCGACGGCUCUUAGAUGAUCUGCUGUGUGAAGAGGAUGGGGACGAACAGACGAAUCGCGUGAGGAAACUCAUUCGCGAGAGAUUCGACGUGAGCUUUGCGAAGCUACCCUUCACCAUGCCCGGCAACCAGCACCUAUUCCUCGAAUCGGUCGCGACACUGGCAGACACACUAGGGGACUCGCUGACCCCUUUCGUUGUCGGCGGCGUGCCAGUAGACGGACCCGUAGUAGUCCAGCUCAUCAGCGAGCUCCUCGCACAGAUCCGCGACGGUGGAAACCGGUUCAACAUGGUCUCUGCAACCGAAGCCCUCGUCGCAAACAUGGCCUCAGAAGCCGCCAACUCCGUCUGGACCGAUUUCAUCGCCAAAGUCCGCAAACAGGGCAACCACCCCGUCCAAAUCACCGGCCGCAAACACCUCCGCACCAUCCUCCGCGAAGUCGAAGGCGCCGCCAACCUCUGUCUCAACGAACUCGAAUCUUUCACCUCCAAACUCGUCCCGAACGAACCCGCCGCCAUCGCGAAAUCCACCUGGGACAGGAACUACCGCAACUUUGAGAUGGACAUCCGCGCGGCACAUAAACGUAAAGCGGACGAUCUGGCGAAAUAUACCCAGUGGGCGGACCGCGUUAACCGCAUUGUAAGCGAGAUUGUGGCACAGGUGGUGGAGGCGAUCCGACAGUUUAUUCGAUUUGCACGGUUUUCGACGAGUUUGGUGCUGAUGAGCAAUUACUACUUUUGGAGGAGCUCGUUCAAUAUCGCGACGGGGAUUGCGCAGGGGGUCAUUACCGGUGUCACGUCUUGAAUGCACUCUUCGGCGUGUUGGCGAUCUCGUGAAAUGGCGCAGGCAAUACCCCCUUUCAUUCUGUGCUCCCGAACGUAGUCAUCCAUUCUCAACCGUUUUUGAGUAGCAUGCAACAUCAGUCUGCGACUCUGCGAAUAUAUCCUUGCCGGCUGGAAGAUGUUCUCCAGCGCGACAUCGGCGAACCGCCUCCUCUUUCUCCGUGUGGGGCUUUUGUUUAGACAGCACGCUUAAUUGUAAUUUCUUCAUAAUAUCAAAUCAUCACAUUCAUUUUUCUUGAAGAUCAGUGUCUCGUCGUCCUCUACCUUCAAAGGCCACCUAAGAG